AUGCCCAUACACUACGUGAAUGGUCUGGACAAACUGGCAUUUGCAGCCACGCAGGUCGCUGAUAUGCAAAUACAACUAGAACAGCUUCAGCCCCAGCUGUUGGUUGCCGGUGAAGAGAACGACAAGUUAUUGGUGGUGAUUGCAACAGAAUCUGCUGCCGCCGAAGAACAGCGAACCAAAGCGAAGGCAGAGGAGGAGGUGGUCAAUAUGAAGGCUGAUGCCUCCAAAGCCCUCAGUGAGGAGUGUCGAGCUGAUCUCGCUGAGGCGCAGCCUGCUCUCGAGUCCGCCCUCGCUGCUCUGGAUACGCUUAAACCGGCGGACAUCACCAUCGUCAAGUCCAUGGCCAAUCCACCGCCGGGUGUGAAGUUAGUCAUGGAGGCGGUCUGUGUGAUGCGUGACAUCAAGCCAGAGAAGGACUAUGACAAGGAGAACAUUCCGAUCGCGAUUAUGACACGUAUUCGCAAGGACUAUAUAACCAACCCCGAAUUCGAUCCGGCCAAGGUAGUACGAGCCAGCUCGGCAGCCGAGGGUCUAUGUCGGUGGAUCUUAGCCAUGGAGCAGUACGACCGCGUGGCCAAAAUCGUCGCCCCGAAGAAGGCG